GCAUCAAAACCCAGCUUUCCUUAAGCCCAUCCAUCUCCCAAAUCAGCUGAUAUUCCCUUCCGUAUGUGUCAGCAGUCAUGUUAGCUUGACCCACAUUUCAAGCAUUAACGUGAGAGUUUGAUACCAUUCCCUCCCAUAGGGUUUAUUAUAAUUUUCAUGUAUACGUGUGAACUAUAAAUGAAGGCCAAGCCAGAGUCCAAUGGAUAUAAUUAAGCGCAAGAAAUUGUUCAUCUUUUAAGUAGUGUCGGAUUACUUUGGAAUAUAUUACCAAGAGAUUAGAACUUAAGGGAGGCGAUGCCAAUGCAAUAAAGGAAUAUCUUCUGGGGCUGGGAUUGUCUUCAUCAGUUUCUCUUAUAUCCUUCUCUUUAUAUACUUGAGCAGACUUAUUUCUAUGGCUACCUUAAUAUCCAGAGCAUUUGGCUCUAUUAUAUCUGCCAUCUCAUACUGUUUCUUUGGCUACCGAGACAACAAAAAAAGCGUCAGCGACAUCAAUUACUACAACAUGCCCAAGGGUCGACCACUUUCUCUGCAGACUGUGGACCUCAAAGUCAGGAUGUGCUGCACUGGUUGCGAGAGAGUAGUCAAAAACGCCAUUUACAAGCUUAGAGGGAUUGAUUCGGUGGUCGUGGACCUAGAAAUGGAAAAGGUGACGGUGAUUGGGUACGUUGAUCGCAACAAGGUGCUGAAACAAGUGAGGAGGGCAGGAAAGAGGGCUGAAUUUUGGCCCUACCCUAAUCCUCCUUUGUACUUCACAUCUACUAAUGAAUACUUCAAAGACACAACAAACGAGUUCAAAGAGAGUUACAACUAUUACAGGCAUGGCUACAACCUUGGACAGAGGCAUGGCAACAUUCCUGUAACUCAUCGUGGAGAUGACAAGGUCAGCAACAUGUUCAACGAUGACAAUGUCAAUGCCUGCCGUCUCAUGUAAAAAAUAUUAAUUAGUUAUUACUAUCUAUUUCUAUGAUCAUCACCAUCAUCAUCAUCACGUAAUAACUCAUUUAGUGUGAAAAGACUUUCAUCAAUGUAUAUUAAUAUAUAGUUUGGUGCAGGUAAAUAGUUAAUAUAUCUUCAUCUAGUGGUUCUUAUAAGAGCGAAUAUAUUCAACUGGUAUCUGCUUCUCUUUGCUGUGUUAUUGUUUUCCUGAGUCAUGCUAAGGAAGGAAUAUGCGGUAAU